GGAAAUCUGCUUACUGUUCUGUUUUACAUUAUUCUUUAGUCAUGAAGUCCUUUAUUUUGGUACUUUUCUUAGUCUUCUUCAUAAAUGCUUACGCGCAGAAACCACGUUUUAUUGGAAAGGAGAACUUUGACUAUUCCAGCCCUGAAAAUUUCAGGGCAAGCACAAAACGCUUUGGGAACGUAACAUUAUUAGAAAUACAGCGUGAUGCACAAGACAUUCAUAAGGUUCUCGACAGAAAAGUUUGGAACAUUAGGGACUCAUUGGCAAUUCUGGACAGAGAAACCAUGGCGGACUUAAAUGACCGCUACCAAAAAUACAAGAGACCUUACGAUGCAAACAAACAUAAUACCGACACCUAUAAGUGUCAACUAGAUGCUUACAUUAAUGUUUUAAGGAUUCUGAAAUACCUUCCACCUAAGGCCAGACCCUGUAAAAUAAUGGCGGAACACCGAGUUAAGCCACUGAUUCCAGAUUUCCUGUCGAAUAUCAACACGCUCCUAAGCAAAUUGCAAGUUAAGGUGGAUGCAAUCAGUAACUGCGCAUUCCCUUGGCUUCUUGACAGGGUUGAAAGUUGCGCAGUGAGUAAGGCAGAAAAGCUAAGGAACGAAUUAGAGGCGGACACCGAAUGGUUGAAAAAAACUUACAAAGCCAGUCUCAUUACGCUGACGCUGAUACGUACUGAGAUGAAAGCCUGUCUUAAAAUAAUGACUGACGAGGCUGCAAUUGCAGAGAAGAACGUUGUUAGGGAUCUAGAGGCAUGUGAUGAAGAUUAAGGUAGAACAUGUGUCCUUGGUUAUUUAUGUAGUAAGAAUAAACUGCAAAUAAAAAGUGAGUCCUAAAUUUGA